AUGAAUCCAGUCGCUCAGUACAUCGUCACCCACAGCUUCUGGCGCCACAACUACGAUGUCAGCACACCAAACAAAACACACCUGUUUCAUGUGUCCAACUCCAGCAUGACCCCGGGCAAACCGGAUCUUACUUUCCACGCGAGCACCGACAGCAACGGGUCCAUCGCGGGGGUGUGCAAGUUCCGCCAUUUCUCCUCGGACUCAGAGAUCGGCCUUGGCAAUCCGUCUUUGCCAGGCCGAAUGGAGUGGGAGUACCUGCACAAGCAGGGAUUUACGAAACGCCAAUUCUGGUUUCGCAUGCACCUCGACGACGGCAGCAAGCGGACUUUCACCUGGAAACGAACCCACUCCCUUGGCAGUGGCUAUGAAAACUAUAAACUGGUCGAGGAGGGGAGUAAUAACGUGGUUGCGGUCUUCUCCUCUGGGAGCGUGUUCUCCAAAACUACGGGGUCCUUGGAUAUUUAUUGGAACCUUGGCCAGAGAUUCUAUCUGAUGACGCUCAUGUCGGGGCUCACGGUGGUGGAGCGGGCCAGGAGAGCAAAGGCCUCGGCUGCCAGCACCGGGGGUGCAGCAGGCGGGGCUGCCGGGGGAGGAGGGGGUUGUUGA